CAGGUAGUUCCGCAAAUAACUCUAGAGGGACGCGGUUGGUGGUCACGAAUCCGCACACGACGCCGUCUAUAGGGCAGACGCCAUCAGUUGCGCAGUCGGUUGGGUCCUAUAAUACAGACAGCAAUACGACGAAGCAUAGGCAAAUUGACGAGCAACUGGUUUUGAGAGACCCUAAAGCGUUUGCCCAGAAAUACUGUGCGACGCACGAAAAGCAUGAAGAUAACAGAGGGUCUUUGUUAUGACAGGAGGCCAUAGAAGUUCGAACCGAAGAACGCAAGGAGUGCAGACUCAUAAUUUGUUUUGUGAUUGAUGAAACCAAGAAAGCAGUUCUUGAAGAUCAACUUCAUACUCUAAGCCUCUCAAACGACAAUCGAGCAACGCUUGGGCAGAAAUUGAAGCAGAUGGAAACGGAGAGAGCGGAGUUAGUCUCCCUUUUCUUGCAGUUGAGGGAUCAUGAGCAGCUUGCUGCGAAGGUAAGUUUUUUUUAGGCGCGACAACAUUUUUUCCCUCUAGAAGUACCUCAAUUUUCCGACGUACUUCUUGCAGUAAGUAGAUCAGACACUUCAUUUUCUCUGGAGAACUCUUAUAACUAGACUUACGUUCAUUCUUGUGGUAGAAGUAGGACUAGAAGUGCAACAACCUUUCGACCACACCUUUAUGUUGCUAGAAGUAUCACUUCCUUUCAAUCUUGGAUGAUAUCGUCCACAUCCUCCACUCACCUCAGCACACCCCUUCUCUCGGCACGCGUGUUAUAGGAGCCACGCCAGACGAGCUGGAGGGCAGUAUACCAGUUUCAGUAAAACUCUGCGAGCCAGGCGAAUCUUCUACGAGUACGCGCAUUAUGAGAAAAAAGAAGGGCUUCUUUGAGAUGAAUAGUUCUUCUGUAGCUGAAGCUAGGUUUCUCUGCCUCAUGUAGAUCAUGUACUACAAAUGUUACUCUUCCUUUUGUUCGACAUGGAAACGAAAAGCAAUGAAUACACUCGAUCAAUAAUGAUCUUGACGUCAAAAUCACGACCAAUCCUUUUUGUUUCCACCUUCAUCAAUCAAGGGUACAUCGAGCGCGCUUUGCAGGCGAAUGGAAGCGAGAUAAUGCGCCUGAAAUACGAGAUUAACAGGCGUGACGAAAACGGGAUUGAAGACGCAGAUUUAUUAGUUAAGGUGACUGACCAAGGGUAAGAGAGCAUCCUCAGGCUCAGGCUCAGCAUCAGCAUCAGCCUUGGUCCUCUUUCCAAGUCUAGUGAAAGGCGUCAGGUAAAGGUAUCCUCUGAGGGAUCUUCAUGUGGCGCGGUACGUCUAAUUUAGGCGCUGAAGAUGGAGGAGCUGCUGGAAUUG